AUGUCUGAUCGCUCAUGGCAUCCGUGGACGCGUUCGCUGUACAGGACCCCCGUUAGUUUGUUUUCCCGCGUAUUGGCUGGCUUGCGGUCGAAGAGUGCAACUUUUGCUGACAUUGUCCAUUGGUACGAUCCUUCGUCACUUCAGUCGUUCAUCGUAAAUUCUCGCAUCCUGCGAGCCUUCGCUCGAACAGUGUUAGAGGACAAUGCCACGGUCACAUAUGUUCUCCUCGAUGCGUUCCCUACACUGUUGAGUAGCACGCCAAAGACUGUGCUGGACGUUAUAUGCGCCAUGAAUGCAGACAUGCUAGAAUCUCAAGCCAAGGUCUCAUUUUCCUUCGUUGAUGGUUUGACACAAGACAAUCUUGUUCCUCUGGCUGCGACUUUGAUCGGUUAUCCGGUCGCAUAUGUCCCCAUCUCGGCUGAUCAGACCUCAUUCCUGAGCGGACAACCUUUGGACGUUUAUGAAGCAAUUAUCGUCCCCGCGACGUCACGCGUAUCUUCGUUGCAAGGCUCUAAUCAGUCGCAUACUCUACUCAAGUUCUCUUGUCCGUGUUUGCUUGCGGAGACGAACCAUGAACUAUCUCCGGAACGCGUUACCAAACGCCUCCAGUCACAGUUCCGAGAAAGCCUUUCUUCCAUUGGGUCAUCGCUCUUGGUUCAUCAUUAUGUAGAGGUUAUGGAUCGUGUUGCGCUUUAA